GGUGAAAUACUGGUUCUCCCAAGAGACCAAAUAUUGGAGGUGGGCAGCACAGCCACAUUCUGCUGCAUGGUGCCAGAUGGGGAAAGUAUUAAAACAAUGUUUCUACUCAACUAUAAAGGCACUAAUGUAACGACUACAAAGAUCAGUGAACAUGUGCACUCCCUGACUGUUCACCUGGACCAACAAUCAGAAAACUGGAGGGAUGUAAUAUGUGAAACAACCAAAGGAGACAUCAGCGGAGCCAGUUUUCAUGCUGGAUACCCCCCUAGUGACAGUAGUCUUCAGUGUGAAACCCAGGAUCUGGAAUCCAUCGAUUGUUUUUGGAAUAUAACAAGGAAAAUAGAGGAUGUUGAAGAAGUGAGAAGAAAAUACCUGCUCCAGGAAAGCCCAUGCAACAUUGGACCAAUGCAUCAAUUGGGUAAAUGCUCGCAAAAAGUGGAGCUGGAUGCUGCUGAGAGGAACUGGACCUUAACAGUCACUAAUCCUCUGGGAAAGCUCGAGCUCCAUGACAGGGUGGACCUGACCAAAAGAGUGCACAUGGUUGCUCCAGACAAAGUGGCAGCUUCAACUGUGAACCCCAGAAACAUCAGUCUGAAAUGGAGCUGGACUGUGAAGAAGUACAGUAAUCUCAACAUCACAUGCCAAGUAGAUGUCAGUGAUGGAAACUCUAAUACCAAAAUUGAAAACUUUGGAGUUGGCCUCACAGCUGCAGUCAUCAAGGACUUGAUACCACACUGGAACUAUGACGUGAGGGUCCGAUGUGGAACAUCACAGCAUUUCUGGAAAUGGGGUGACUGGAGCAAUAGUGUCAAAAUCCGCACGAAGGGUGAUGUUCCAGAUGCUCUUGACGUGUGGAUGAAGGUGAAGGCAGACCCGGCUGUAAUCUCCUGGAAGGUGCCACUGACCAAUCAGAGCCAUGGAGAAAUCUUUGACUACAAAGUGUCCUGGGCAAAGACCAAAGACAAAAAUCAGUCAAACCAAACCAACAUGUCCAGAAGCAAUCACAGUCUUACACUCACGCUGGACCCCAGUGAGGAGUACAUGGUCACUGUCACGGCUAGAAACAUAAACGGCAGCUCAUCACCAUCGACCAUCAUCAUCCCCCGCUGCAAUCUAUGUAUGAAGCUAACAGAGCACCACACAUUACAGAUAAGCUCACUUUGAUUUCCAUUUGAGGAAGAGGUUUGAUUUUAUCUAAUCUGUGCAGAAGGCUGUAAGCAAAGGGUUUUCCAAACUAAUGCAGAAAAGGAAUAGCAGUUUUCAUGAUCACAUGAUUGAGAUUAUAUCUAUUAUAAGUAUACAAAUUUGUAAUUGUUGUGUUUAUAU